AUGACUACAGUACUGAUUUCAGGAGGAAACCGAGGUAUCGGACUCGGUCUAGUGCAAAAAUAUGCUGCCAGGGAUAACUACACGGUCGUAGUCACCGCUAGAGACCCAAGCAGGAUGCCUAAAGUGGAUGUAGGAUCAGGAUCAAAAGUGGUGGUCGUCACGAUGGACCAAGCGAAGAAAGACGGUUGUCUUCAGGCUGUCGAGGAGAUCAAAUCAAAAGGCAUAACUCAAUUCGAUGUUGUUAUCUGUAACGCCGCGACCUUGUUGGUAGAAGGAUACGCGAAACUUCGUGAUGUGCCCCUCUGGGCGUUCGAGGAGCAUUGGCGAGUCAAUGUCCUUGGUUUCCUUGCAUUCUUCCAAGCUACCGUUCCAUACGUUAAGAAGGGAGGAAAAUUCAUUUUCAUCUCUUCUGGAUCAGCCACCAUAGAUCAAGUUCCAAGAGGAUACGAGGUCACAUAUGGUAUUAGCAAGUCUGGGGCGAGUUAUUUGGGUCACUUUGCUCAUUAUGAAGAACCCGAUCUCGUCAUCUUCCCUCUCGAUCCAGGAUGGACUCAAACUGAUAUGGGUAAAGCGUCCGCUAAGAAUGCUGGCGUGGACUUGCCUCCAUUAACUAUUGAUGAAUCAACCACCGGAUUAAUCAAAGUCAUCGAUGAGUCGACCAGGGACACCCACGGUGGUAAGCAAAUGAGAUAUGAUGGCGCUCAAAACAAGUGGUAA